GACGGGAGGAAGCUCGGUGCAGUAGUUGCUCUGCUGAGUACCGGGACACAGUCAUGGAGUCACAGAACCUGGACCAGGAAAACCAGCUGGAACUGGAAUCCAUCAUCGGCUUUAACGGACACAUAUCGUCUGGCCUGAUAAGUCACCCCGACAGGGAGCAUCUCAUCUACCCCCUGGGGUGCACGGUCAUUAUCGAGAGCGUCCAAAAACGUAAGCAGCAUUUCCUCCAGGGCCACACCAACAACGUGUCCUGCGUGGCCGUCUCCAAAAGCGGCAAGUACCUGGCGUCGGGGCAGGUCACCUACAUGGGCUUCAAGGCGGACAUCGUCUUGUGGGAUUACAUCAAAAAAGAGGCCUGCGCCAAGCUGACGCUUCACAAGGUGAAAGUGGAAGCUCUAGCUUUCUCUCCGUCAGAGCGGUACCUGGUGUCACUCGGAGGACAAGAUGAUGGCAGCGUUGUCUUGUGGGACGUGGCAAAGAGAGAAGCCAUCUGCGGCAGCCCGGUUGCAGCGCUCAGCUCUGGACACGCUUUAACCAUCGCCUUCUCCAACAAUAGCGAUGACAUCUUCGUGACCGGUGGGAAUGCGACCUUACGUGUCUGGGAGCUGGACCUCCCAAACAGAAAACUGCGCCCCACCGAAUGUCAGAUGGGGCAGCUGAAGAGAGUGGUCACCUGCCUGGCCGUGGCGGAAGAUGACAGCUGCUUCUACUGCGGAACCUCCACCGGAGACAUCCUGAAAAUGAACACGAAAACCAAACUUCUGAACAGCUACGGCCCUCAGAAGGACAGGUUCAGCCUGGGUGUGACUGCUCUGACGCUCCUCAAGACAGGAGAGUUUCUCGUCGGAUCUGGGGACGGCAAACUGUCGCUGUGCAAGGGACCCAACUUCAAAGCUAUUAAGUCCGUUCAGCUCCAAGGGUCGGUGAGCUCGAUCUCUCUGCGAGGACAGGGUCAUCAGUUCUUCGUUGGCACUGCCCAGUCACAGUUAUACCGUUUUACGUAUCCCGAAUUCAAAGAGGAACUCAUCUUCACCUGCCACAGCGAGGCCAUCAAUGACAUUGUGUUCCCCUUCGGAACCUCUGAGCUGUUUGCCACGUGCUCCAAAAAUGAUAUUCGAGUCUGGCACAACACCAGCCAGAAGGAGCUCCUCAGAAUCACUGUGCCCAACAUGACAUGCCUCGCCAUCGAGUUCAUGAGAGACGGGAAAAGCAUAAUAUCAGCUUGGAAUGAUGGGAAAAUCAGAGCCUUCACACCCGAAAGCGGGCGUCUUAUGUACACGAUAGAAAACGCACACAGCAUGGGAGUGACGGCCAUCGCUCCAACCAACGACUGCAAGAGGAUUAUAAGUGGAGGAGGAGAGGGACAGAUGAGAGUCUGGGAAGUCGGUAAAGACCGGUGCCGUCUGGUGGAAUCAAUGAAGGAGCACAAGUCAGCCGUGACCUGCAUCAAGGUGAAGAGCAACAAUCGGGAAUGUCUUACAGCGAGCUCCGACGGGACCUGCAUCAUCUGGGACAUCGUUCGCUUUGUGCGGAAGCAGAUGAUCUUGGCCAAUACGUUGUUCCGCUGCGUAUCUUAUCACCCCGAGGAGUUCCAGUUUAUCACCAGCGGCACCGACAGAAAGAUUGGUUACUGGGAGGUAUUUGAUGGCUCUGCCAUUAGAGAACUCGAUGGAUCCAUGUCUGGGGCCAUCAACGCGAUGGACAUCAGUAACGACGGAGCCCACUUUGUUACAGGUGGAGAUGACAGGCUGUUAAAAGUCUGGGAUUACAGCGAGGGGGACGUGACUCACGUUGGUAUCGGUCAUAGCAGCAGCAUCAGCCAGCUGAAGAUCUGUCCCUUCUCCAAGUGCAUCAUCAGUGUCAGCACCGAUGGGGCAAUUCUACGCUGGAAAUACCCCCACCCAAUAUAACAUCAUCUUAACGUAAUAACAGUGUAUAUUAACACGCAAAAGAAAAUGAAGUUUGGAUGGAUCCGUAGGCCCUAUUUAUAGUUCAGAUGUCAACAG